AUGCUACCAAGACCAUCGAUCGUCCUCUUCGUGCCGGCUGCUCUCCUCGUCGUCGCCGCUGGGCAUCUCACACGCUGGGGAGAGACCGAUGCCCGGGAUCCAGCAGCAAGCAAGCAUACCAUUACACAAGACCGCCGCGGUCACCAGCGCCUACGACGACAACGUUGCCAUCGAUCCGAGGAAGGGCGACUCUGUCCGGCUUGUGCGAGCAAGCAAGCACGCGCACGAUCUUCGCGAACAGCUCACACCGACCCGCCCCCACCAAAACACGAUACACUGCAAAAACCCGGCGCAGUCCCUCUUGGCUGCCCUCUGCCGAAGCACGACCCAGCACACGUACACGAGCGCAGACGUGCUUUCCCGCUCGUCGCUUCUGCUGCAUACUGCGCAUCCGCCUUUGUCCGUCCGCAGCAGCUCGUGAAGCUCGAGCUCUCUGCGGAACAUACCCCACAUGUCUGCUCGACGACACGGGCAGCACAGCAGCAAGAGGCCGCAUCCAUCUCAUCACGCCCCCUCCCAACGCACAGCGCUUCCGAUGGGCUGCAGCGCCCGCCACCAAGCACAGACGGAGCACUGAGCGAGCGGCCACCGCACGCCGAUGGCAAGGCGGGCGUCCGCACAACGAGUGAGCGAGCAGGCUGGAAGUCGGAACUGCCAGAACGAAACGAGGCGAGGAGUACCGUAGUGGUGCGCUUGCCAGAAGUCAAGCUGGGCCAAGAACCCGCCCAACUUGGCCAGCCAUAG